AUGGCUAUCUUCCACAUCGUAUCCUUCAAGAUCUCCAACCCGGAAGCCUCUCUCGGGCUCCUCACCGAGAAAUUGCGGUUGCUGCAAGGAUCUUGCGUCAACCCGGAUACCAAAAAGCCCUACAUCCUUGACUUGAAAGGUGGGAAUGUCUUGGAAACGGAGGGUCGAAACAAGGGCAUGGAGGUCGUUUUCAUUAUGGAAUUCGAGAACAGGAACGAUCUUGACUACUAUCUGUACAAGGAUCCCGCUCACGAGGAGUUCAAGAAGAGUGCCCUAGGAGAGUUGGGCGUCGUCGACGCUGUCGUGAUGGACUUUGAGGAUGGGAAGCAUUGA